AUGCACAGUGGUGCAUGGACAACAGAAAUAUUCUUACCUGCAAGAUACAAAUCCAUUAUUUCUAAAUAUUUACCUCAAGAAAAAGAUCGACUGAUUCAGGACUAUGGUCAUUGGAAACGUAGCAGUGACUACAAAUUGUAUUGGUUAGAAAAAUCACGUACCUCUGUACAGCUGGACACUCGUGUGGAGUGUUCCUCCUUUGCAGGAGACGUGUUACGCCAGGAAACCGCAGCCAUUACCACAAGCAUCAACGAUGAUUAUGCAAACAUUGACUCAAACAACAACAUGGGCAUGGCUGCCUCUUCCUCUUUCUCUUCUUCAACAGCCAUUCAGGAUAGCGAGAGCAUUCCAUCAAGUUCUAUACCCACAACUUCCUCAGCAACAACCCCACUUGAUACUAUUGCCACCAUCACCACAGAAGGACCUCCUUGUUUUCCUUGGUUGAUUGGUGACUUUGACGUGGCUGAUGCAUUUUACCGAUACAGAUGUCAUGUGAUACAACAAGCAAACGAUAGGCUUCUUCAAAUUGAAAAAUCUGUGCACGAAUUGUUGUCUCUGUCUCAUAUCCUCUUGCUAUGCCCCAAUCAACACAGUGAUACUAUGCUGCAUUUUUUCGAUUUAGCCCAACUCCAGAAACUACAUUAUUCCCUCCUGACAGAAUCAUUGAAUGAUAGCAUCACAUUGCCAGAUGACAUUUACUUGAAAUUGGUCUAUGCCGUCACUGAUGUUGAUGCCAAGGUCAAGACAAGAGGUCAAGUAGAAUUGCUUUUGCUUACUAUGGCUCAAGACUUGGAUAUUCGCCAGCAAUCAGUAGUUUGGGGGGGAUUACAGCUGCGUAAGUUGUGUGAUUGA